AUGGCACAAAUCCGCACUAUCGAAGAAUUCAGUCAUCUCUCAUUUGAUUUCAUCAUCAUAGGAGGAGGCACAGCUGGUUUAGCUAUCGCUGCUCGUCUGGCCGAAGCUGACCCCUCAUACACAAUCGGCGUUAUCGAAGCAGGCGGCCUUAUCCAAGAUGAUCCUGAUAUCAGUGUUCCCGGCCACUACGGCCGCUCGCUAAGGGGAUCCUACGACUGGCACCUGGAAACUGUUCCGCAACAAGGUCUCGGAAACCGUAAACUUCCGUGGCCCCGUGGAAAGGCCCUCGGAGGAACAAGUGCCCUGAAUUACAUGGCGUGGAAUCGCGCUAGCAAGGAUGACUACGAUGCUUGGGAAGCUUUGGGGAACCCCGGCUGGGGCUGGGAAGGCCUUCUCCCGUUCUUCAAACGAUCUGAGACAUUCCACCCACCAAGUGAGAGCCUGCAGAGCCUGCACGAGGUCUCUCACGAUGCAGACACUUUUGGGGAGUCAGGCCCCAUACACAUCUCGUACCCUACUGAUUACUCACCUUCGCACCAAUUGUGGCAUCGCACCCUCAAUGCCCUCGGUGUCCAAACUAAUCCUUCCCACGUCGGGGGCUCAAACGUUGGUGUGUGGACGUGCGUCAAUGCCGUUGAGCCACAUUCCGCCCGCAGGUCUUAUUCGAUAGACUACUGCGAAACAGGGCCGGCCAAUUUACACAUCCUUACCCACGCCACGGUAAACGAGAUUCUUAUCAACGACCAAAAGGAUGCUACCGGGGUUUGUUUCUCCUAUCAAGGUGUCAAGUACAGUGUCUCAGCCUCGCGGGAGAUAAUCCUCUCAGCCGGAAGCGUCAAGUCGCCGCAGAUCCUGGAACUUUCUGGUGUCGGUAACCCCCAGAUCCUUGAGCGUGCUGGCAUUCCCGUCAAGGUUGAUAGUCCCAAUGUGGGGGAGAAUCUGCAGGAGCAUAUCAUGCUCGCGACGAUCUUCGAGGUUGAUCCCUCUCUCGCUAAUCGCGAUGAUUUGCUGAAAGACGAUAAGCUUGCCGCUGCUGCUCGUGAGCAGUACACGCAAACAGCAGAUGGGCCUCUUACUAUUCUGCCUGUGUCUCUUUGCUACGUCCCCCUGGCACAUUUUGUCCCGAGUGAUACUCUUGCUACUCUCCACGCAGAGGCGGAUAACUUGUCAGUCUUUGACCCAGAUAAGCACGGUAUCCUUAGUCAACGGCUCAAUGGGAGCUCUGAUUUAGGCCAGAUUGAGUAUAUAUUUGACCUAGGUAUCUGGAACCCCUACUUCAAGGGUGAGGAAGGUAAGAGGUACGGAACUAUGUUGCAGAUCCUCCAAUAUCCCUUCACUGUUGGCUCCAUCCAUAUACGUCCUUCCAGUGACGGAUCUGCCACGGCCGAACAAUCACCUGCUAUCGACCCACAAUACUACGAAGGUGCACAUGGGAAGCUUGACAUGGAAGUGAUGAAGCAAUGCUUGCAAUUCGUGAAGAGAAUCGCGCACACGGAACCUUUGACGAACAUCAUCCGAGCACCAGCAUCUCCUUCGGCUGCUGACUUCAAAGAUGACAAGCGCUUGGAGGACUGGGUCACGCAAAACACAAUCACUGACUGGCAUCCCGUGGGAACAUGCGCCAUGGGUGGUAGCUCUGGUAUAGAGGGUGGAGUUGUUGAUGAGAGGCUUCGAGUCUAUGGUGUGCAAGGCCUGAGGGUCGUUGAUGCGAGCGUUAUGCCACUACAGAUCAGUGCACAUAUCCAAGCGACGGUGUAUGCUAUCGCUGAGAAGGCAGCGCACAUGAUUAUUGAAGAUGCCAGGAGUGCAGAUAUGUUAAGUAGGGAAGGUUCGAAUCAGCAAGCUAGAUUGUAG